GUCUUAACUGAUCCACUGUGGCGAGUGAUGAACUUGGGAUAUGAUUUAUGAUUAUUAUCCGCUUGCCGACUGGGGAUCGCAACCUCCUUUCGGUAAUUGUCUGACGCCAAAGACCACUUUUUAUAUAAUUAAUACAAAAAUUUACCAAUUCCUCCAAAAAAUCCAAUUUCUGUGCAAAUAUAAUCCAUAAUUAUUUGUAUUGGGCAAAAUAUGUGAACCAAUAAAAUUUUAUUAGACGCAUCAGGCUGUGGAACUGUGAAAUCCGUGUCUUUAGUAGCCUGUUGCUUUGAAUGUAUGGAAUAAUCUGGAAUAUAAAACAAGUAAAUUUGCCUGUAUUAUUUUAUUACUCUUUUUAACACACCCGUAUAUUUUAUGUAACACAACAUCGAUUUCACACAAAUUUCCUUUAUGUUGUCAUUCAAACUACCGUUGCCAUAGCAACGUACAUACAUAAUCCUAUUGUUUACCUGGUGCAUCAGUUGAAUGACUUUAAAAUAAUUUUAAUAAUGGAUUGGAAAUAUUUGUUAUCUUUAUCGCCAGAGGAUUUAAACGACGAUAAAAAAGAUGAACUUUUUAACUUGGUUACUUGGUUCGAUAAUGAUAAAGAAGAAUUAAAUUUCAAAAAGUGCUUCAGUUUGUUUAGAAUUAGCCAGGAACUUUUAAAGUAUAAAGGAGAGCAAGUGGAAACUCUUUUGCAGGAACUUGACGAGUUAGCCACUAAGCAGGGUGAAGAUGACACCAGGAGAUUAGAGUCUGAUACUGAUAUAAUGAGUUCCAAAUCGAGGAAAUCUGGUUCCAUAGAAUUUGAAAACUUGGAACAAAAAUAUAUCGGGUUAAAAAACAAAUUCAAAAAACAAAUUAAACUUCACAAAAGCGUGACAGACGAAUAUGAGAAAGCAAAAUCUAGUAUUAAAAGUUUGGAAUCGGAAAACUUUCAACUUCAAAAACAAUUGCAAAAUAAAGUCCAGGAAGGAAGUGAAUCAGAUAUUUCAGAAACCGUACGUGAGCAACACAAGGAGCUUAUUGAAGUUGUGCAAAAUAAGAACAAACAAAUUUCCGAUUUACUACAAGAUAUUGAAGAAGUUGAAAAAGAGAAUUUAAUUUUGAGGGACAAGCUCUCUAAAAUAAGGGAUGACUUAGCAACGGCCACUGAUGAAAUAAAUUUAAUGACAGAGAGAUUAAAUGGCAGUAACGUUAAAUUAGCGGAAAGUUUGGAACAAUAUCAAAAUUUAGUAGCUGAAAAUGAAGUUCUUAAAGAACAAAUACAAACUCUUAAUGAAGAAAAAGAAGUUGUGGAACUAAAAAUUGAGGAAUUUACCACAGAAAUCAACAACAGAGUAAUUGAAUGGAAAAAAAUAAUACAUCAAAAAGACUUGGAAAUAAAGGAAUUACGAGGCAAACAUACAGAUUCCAGCAUACAUUCCUCAAUAUCGAGUCUGCCAAAUGACGAAAACGAGAAAAUGCAGGUGGCUACUCUUAACAAAAUCCUAAUACAACGUGAACAACAAAUUUUAGACUUGCAAUCGCAAUUGAAAGAAGCAACUUUAGAAAUGCAAGAAAUUACCAAUUUAAUACAAACAUUAAGUACCGAAAAACUAACCAACUCGAUAAAAAUUGAAGAGAUAUUGUCGGUGAAUAAGGAAAUAAAAAAACAGUUAAAAUCCGCGCAUGAGAGAUCGCAAAAUUUACAAGAGGAUGUUGAAUAUGCUGAAGCAAUUGUAAAUAGUAAAGAUGCAGAUUUCAAGGAAUUAUUAACUGAGUUAAAUAAUAAAGGACAUGUUGAUUUGUCAGAAAAAAUGGAACAAAUUUAUAGGUUGAAGUCAGAAAAGAAAAAUAAGGACAAAGAAAUCUCUAGAUUAGUAAAAACAUGUAACAAAUUGCAAGAAAACAGUGAUAUUUUAAAUAAAGAAAAUUUAGAAUUAAGAAAUAAACUUGGUAUGUCUGAAGAUGAAGAGAUUUCUUUAACUGGAACAGUUAAAAUAAAAAAUAAAAAUUCAAAAGUCAAUCAAGAUUUAAAGAAACAAUUAACCAAAUUGGAUGAAGAAAAUUUAAAUUUAAAAUCCAGAAUACAAAAACUUACCAAAACUGUGUCUUCCCUUCAAAAUCAAAUUUUCGAUUUAGGUUGCAAACCUGACAAUAAUUUAAUUGAAAAUUUUUCAAAGCCAAAUGCAACUGAAAGUAUUUUAUUGGAUAAGGAUGAAUUAAAAGGUAUUAUCGAAGAAAACGAAGCGUUAAGAAAAGGAAUGCACGAAAUACUAAACAGCAUAAACACUAAAAAAGAAUCAACAACCAAAGAAAUUAAGUCUGAAACUUUAGAACAACUUUUACGAGCUUUAGAUGUAAAGCACAUUUCGGGUUGGUAUCAUCCUGCAAUGCGCUUGCAGGCUGAAUUACAUAAUUUGGAAGGAAUAAAUACUGAGUUAAGAGAACAGUUAAGAAAAACAAAAUUGGAAAAUAGCAGUAUCCAAGAAAAAAGUGCAUUGGAAGCAGAUAUUUCAGAAGGGGAGGUGGUAAAUAAAACACCCAGGAAUAUUCCGGAAAUUCAGGAGGAAGUUUGCGAAACUCUGGAUCAAUUUGAAGAUAUAACCAAUGAUGAACAUAAUAAUUUUAACACAAUUUUAGAAAAAAUAAUUCAAAUAUUACAGUCGCUAUCUGCUAAAAAUCUACAAAGUGUCAAAAAUAUACUUUUAGCUUUAAUUGAACCCCUAAAUGGGAAAUAUUUAAAUUUAAUUAAAGAAUAUGAAAACAACGUGUUAUUGGAAAAACAAGAAACAAAAAAAGCAAACGAUAAUUUAUUAAUUUUAGAAACUCAACUUAAAGUUUUAACUGAAAAUAAAUCGGAAGAUUCAAUGAUUAAACAAUUGGAAAAAUUUACCAAAAAUGAUAUUCUUAAGAAUCGCAAAGUAGUUUUUCUUGAAGACGAAAUUAAUAAACUUAAUAAAAAUAAAGACGAAAUGGAAGAAAAACUGGAAAAAGAGAAGCAAAAUUUAAUAAAUGAUAAUAAAAUACUUAAAAAUAAAAAUGACUCUUAUACAAAUAAGUUAAUAAUUUUAGAAAAUAAUCUUAAGAUAUCGGUCAACUCCGAUGUUUUUAACGAAACAAAAAAUAAUUUAUUAAAUUUAACAGUGAAACACCGAAAGUUAUUGGUCGACUUGGAAAAAACGUGCGAAGAAAAAACAAUUCAACUGAAUGUAUUGAAUGAAACCAACAAGAGUCUGGAAGGUAAUAAAGUGGAGUUACAAAAAAAAUUGACUGAAAUUUUAUCGAAAUAUCACAGUAUUGAAAAUUCCAAUCAAAAUAUUGACGAAAAUGUGAAAAAAUUGUCGAAAAAAAUAUCAGAAAGCGAAGUAAAAGAAAUUUCCGAGAGGCAGAGAGCAGAUCACACAAACAAUCUAUACGAAUUGGUUAAAGAACAACUUUAUAAGUCUGAAGAAAGACUGAAAGAAUUUUCAAAAUACAACGAAACAAUUUUGCAAAAAAAUCUGUUUUUACAAGAACAACUUAAAGAUGCUGAAUUCAAAUUAUCAGAGUACGUUGACAAUAAGUUAUAUAGUAAAUUGCAAGUGGAUUAUAAUAAAUUACUAGAGAAAAUUAACACAAUAAAUAAAAAAGAAACCGUUUUAAACAAAGAUGAAGAGAAAAAAGGGGGGGUUGAGUCUAAAUGGACGAACAAAAAGGAAAAAGAACUACUUGGCUUAAAACACCAAAUUGUUGAUCUAAUUGCGGUUUCUGAUGAAAAAAUGCUUAUCGGGCAACUACACUCAGAUAUUAAAUACCAUAGAAUGUUGGACCUUGAUUAUGUAAAUAAAAUUAAAAUCCUAAAUGAUGAACUAACGAAUUAUAUAAAUCUGUAUAAAAAUAUUGAAACCAAAUAUGAAGAAGAUAAAGUUGCAUUUUCUGAAAAAGAGACACAGUGCAUGAAAAAAUUAAAUUUAUUGAAAAAUAUAUUACGGUUGCAAAAAACACAAUAUUAUGGUUGCAUACCUCUAAUAUCUGAAGAAAAAAUAAUCCAAAAGAUUCGCAAUCUUUCAAAGGAUAAACACGAAGCAUUUUUAAAUUUAAUAAACGCUCAAAAACUUAAUAACGAAGCAGACAUUCUCAGAGAACAAUGCGGUUAUGAGUUACAAAAUUUAAAUGAGCAGCAGGCAAUUUUAAAAGGAAAUAAAGAGGAGAGUAAUAAAAUGUUACAGUGGUUACAGGAAAAGAAAACUUUUCAGUUAAAUGUACUAAGAUACAAGAGACAAGCUGAGUUUAAAGAAAUGCAGUUGCAACAUUUGCUUGAAAGGGUGAAAAUACAAGAUGAAGAAAUAGCACACAUUGAAGAAGAAUUAUUACAUUCUCAUACAAAUUUAUUAUUUCAAAUAGAAACUGAAGACUCCACUGAAAAACCUGAAACAAUCGUACAAGAACGGCCUAGGGAAAAUGUGGUAAAAAUAAUGAAAGCUAUUGAAGUUCAAACACAAGUUGUUUUUUCGGGAUCAAAUAAUAAUGAUGAAAAUAAAAUAACAAGUUUAAAAUAUGAGGUUUUACAAUUGCAAAAUACGCUUAGAGAAAAGGAUUUGCAGAUUGACGAAUUAAAAAAUAAAAUAACUGAGCAAGAAAUUUCGAUAAGCUUGUUUAGAAAUCAAAUAGGAGACAAGCAAAGCCAAAUCACGUUUUACGAACGGCACAUUUUAGAACUUCAAAGCAAAAAUCUUGAAACGAACAAAGACAUGUUUGAUGGAGCAGGUGGAGACAACAUAAGUGUGGGGAGAGCAAGUUUUAGCAAAGAGGAUGAGCUUUUGUCCUUAAAAUCAAUAGUAGAUAAAAUGCAGGAAACUCUAAGCCUAAAGGAAAAAGCAAUCCAAGAUUAUGAAUCUCUAUUGAAGAACGAUAGAGAUAAACAUAGUCUUGCAGCUGCGAGGCUUCAAGACGAAAUUAAGGUGCUCCAGAAAGGUAUUCUCGAGGAAAAACAAAAAAAUACACAGUUGGAUGAUUGCCUACAAUCGUCUAAACCGAAUCGAGCAGCGAUGGAGGAAUAUGUCAAUCAAGUACAUUCUUUGGAAAAGCACACAGCUGAGCUUCACACUUCUGUUUCGAGUUUAGAAGCUCAGCUUCAAACAAGCCGUGAGGAAGCUGUUCGAUGGAAAACACUAGCUAGCGAUAGGCUACAGGCUAUGAACGACUUACACAAAGAUUUGGAAGACCAGCAUAAAAAUGAACUUUCUAUGUACAAGGAAGAUUGCGAUAAGUGGAAGGAAGAAGUGAAUAAUCUUAAGGAUAUGAUAGUUAAGCACAGAAGCGAAACUGGAAAUAUUGGAGGAGAUAUACAAAAAAUAAUGAAGGAAAAAGAUAAUAGAAUACAUGAAUUAUCAGUGUUAUUACGCCAGGCGAAGAGUAAUAAAGCAGAAAAGACACCUGAGAUGGAUUUAACUCCAAAACUAACAAAUCUAGAAUCAACCAACGAAACCUUGCAAAAAGAAAAUGAACUACUAAGAAAGAAGUAUGAACAAUUGAUGCAACGAGAAAGAAAUAUCCGAGAAGAAGUAAGGGAACUAAAGGGACAACUCAUGAAAAAACCUAUAAUAUCAGCCAAAAGCGACAAGUCAGAAAAAUCAAUAAAAGAUCAGUUGCAAAGAAAAAUAUCCACUUUAGAAAACGAGAUUAUCCAACUUAAAGAAAACUUAUCAGCUCAAAUAGCCAUAAAUGAAACGCACAAAGUAAAAUCAGAUGAAGAUUUUGAAAGAUGGAAAAAACUAAAAUACUGGCAGCAAACCACGGAAAAGCUUAAAAGUAAGCUUAACGAAAAGGACUUGAAACUUACAAGACUGCAGCAGACUACAUCCGGAUACAGAAUGCUUAUAGAACGACUGGAACGUGAAAAGCAUAAUCUGGAAAAUAGGAUAAAGAAUCUAAAGACGGAUUGUAAUAAAUCUAAUGAUGAGACAAUAGAAAUGUUGCGAAUAGAAAACAUGAAGUUGUUAGCUGAGAAUCAGUCGUUGAUUUCCAAAUUGGAAAUUAGUCAGCAUCAUGCAGGAGGCUUGGGAGUUUCACUGUUACAGGAAAAACUGGAGGGUCAGGAAAGAAAAAUCGCUGUAUUGGAAGUUUCAGCAAAAGGUAGCGUAGAAGUUCGAGGUGAAAUGGAAAGAAUGCAAUCCAAAAUUUCUUCAAUUCAAAAACGCAAUUUGUGUUUAGAGGCUGAAAAUUUAGAAUGUAAAAUGGAUUUGGAAAAGUCUAGAAAGGAAAUGCCCUAUUUGCAAGAACAAAUACAACAUUUAGAAAAUUACAUUGAAGUGCUAAAAGAUGAGAAUACUAAAAACUUAAGUGGUCGGGGAGCUGAAAAAUCUUCGGAACAAAACUGCGAAUCCAAAAAACUCCCAGAGUUAGAACGAACCGUUUUUAUAUUAAAACGAGUAAUAGAAAAACUUCAAGUGGAAAAUAAACGUUUAAUAAACGGCAAAAUGCCAAAUUCAGAACGAACGUCUUCAGCUGACAAAUUCAGACGGGACAAUCUAAGAUUAAGACAACAGUAUGGAGAAGCUAUUGAAAAAGUUACUCUUUUGGAGAAGGAAUUAGCGGAUUGCAACGAUAAAAUAAAAAGUUUUUCAAAAAAACCGGUUUCCGAUAUUGUUAAGGCUUUAUCAGAAGAACUUUCAAAUGUUCGAAAGGAAUUAAAAGAAAAAAGUUUACUGUUAGAAAGAGUCAAGAUUCUCCUACAAAGGGCUGCUGCCAAAGAGAAAAGUUUACUCCAAGAGAUUGCAAACAUGAGAAAAUAAUAAUUAUUAUUAAGGUCAAAUAUGUAUAUUUUAAGAUAUAAACAAGUAUUUUAUAUUUGUAGCGUGUUUUUAUAAUAAAAU